AUGGAUCUCCAAAUAGAUGAACACUUCCGUCUUCAGGAGCAGGUUCGUGGCGUUGACAGAGAGAAUGAAUCCCGGAAACUGCUUAUCCGGCUAGCUGUUCUAAAAUUACUAAGUCUACAGAACUCAGCACAGCGAGCAGACAAACAAAAUCAACAAACACAGCAGACACCUCCAACAUCACAGGGACUUCUAGGAAACGCUUCUGAGAAGCUCCGUGAUUACGAACUCCGUAUUUCUGUUCUAAAACUGCAGCUUUCCACAAAAGAGAAGGUACAUGAGGCUCAAAUAGAUGAGUUGAAGGACUUGGUGGCACUGCUCCAGAAACAGUUGGACGAGGUCAACAGCGUGCGCUCUGAGAGAAAGGUGGCACCAUUGGGCAGCAAGUGGACCAAGCCUAAUUUUAUGUCACCGCCUACGUCGUCUGGAAGAUCGGUUAGUUUGGGCAAUAAGUUCCUCUCUCCCAACUUAUCAGUAUUUUCCGGUGCAUCGCCAGUAUUUACAAAACAAAAAAUACUUAAGGGAAAAGGCAAUUCUUUUGCCGAUUUUGGAGCCGAAUCAAUAGCAUCUCAGGCGUCACUCAAACUCUCACAGUCCGAGAAGACGGAAAAGCCAGUGUACUUUUCUUCCCCCACGUCAAGUGUGGAAUCCACACCCAUUAAAAAGGCGCCUAUAGAGAAAAAUAUUGAGCCAGCAGUCUCCGCAGAACCGGAAGAAGCAAUUAAUGAAGACGAUGCCGCCAAAUUAGUAAUUCCAGAAGCAAACGCUAACCUGACAAACAUUUCAGAGUCCGAGGAUUUGUAUCAAACAGCCAACGCUACGCUCUUAGAGGAUGGAGUCAGUAAAAAGAAAAAGAAAAUACAAUUACUUUCAGCAAACGCAUCCAAAAUAGUGCUGGAGCUGCAAGGAAGAGGGCUCAAUGUGGAAGAGGAAGACUUGAAUUCACUUAAUUAUUAUCAUGACGAUAACUUUCAAGAUGAUCACUCUUCUCCAAUUCGGCCCUCCAAACGCAAAAUCGAGGACCGUGAAGAACCUGCAAAGAAGAGACAUGUUUUUAAGAUUUAA